GCCCUCCUAUAACGCGAGCUUUGCCGGGCAAAGCUCUGCCCAAUUCCGCCCACGGCGGGCCCGGCCCCGAGGAAAGAGGGAGAUCUCUUUGGAAACAUGGAGCUGCUGUGCUGCGAGGUGGAUCCCAUGAGGAGAGCUCUGCCUGACCCAAACUUGCUCUACGAUGACCGCGUUUUGCACAACUUGCUAACCAUAGAAGAGAGGUAUCUGCCCCAAUGCUCCUACUUCAAGUGCGUCCAGAAGGACAUCCAGCCCUUCAUGAGGAGGAUGGUGGCCACUUGGAUGCUGGAGGUCUGUGAAGAGCAGAAGUGCGAAGAAGAAGUUUUCCCUCUGGCCAUGAAUUACUUGGACAGAUUCUUAGCUGUGGUGCCCACUCGAAAGUGCCAUCUGCAACUGCUGGGGGCAGUGUGCAUGUUCCUGGCCUCCAAGCUGAAAGAGACAAUCCCCCUCACAGCCGAGAAGCUGUGCAUAUACACGGACAAUUCCAUCAAACCCCAAGAGCUGCUGGAAUGGGAGCUGGUGGUGCUGGGGAAGUUGAAGUGGAACCUUGCAGCCGUCACUCCGCACGAUUUCAUCGAACACAUCCUAAGGAAGCUGCCUCUACCUAAAGACAAGCUGCUUUUGAUCCGGAAGCAUGCACAAACGUUCAUUGCCCUUUGUGCCACAGAUUUUAACUUUGCUAUGUACCCACCGUCAAUGAUAGCAACUGGAAGUGUGGGAGCAGCCAUCUGUGGCCUUCAGCUCGAUGAUGGGGACAGCCUUACGGACCUCCUGGCCAAGAUCACAAACACAGAUGUGGACUGCCUUAAAGCUUGUCAAGAACAGAUCGAGGCGGUGCUAGUAACGAGCCUCAGGCAAGUCAGGCAGCAGCAACAGCAAAGCAAUCCCUCCAAGACGGUGGAUGAACUGGACCAGGCCAGCACUCCCACAGAUGUGAGAGACAUCAACCUGUGAUGAAGACAUCAGCACAGAAAGUUCACGCUUGCUUCCCCCAGCCCUUUUCUUUUUGUUAUUACUUUUAGAGUGAAACCUUUUUUUUUUAAAUCUGCUCCCACAUAGAACAUAUUUAAAGCUCUUUUAGGUUAAAAAAAAGUACAAAAACUGAAUAAUGAAAAAAAAAAAAAAAAAAAGCAUUUGGUGCCUGUGAUGUUCUACAGAAGGGAAUCCCACAAUAUAUUUGGUAAUUGCUAUUUGAUUAUGUAUCAGUGAUAUUAAAUGCUUAUAAAAGCAUACAAAGUAGCUAGAUAAAUGUAAGCCUGCAUUUGUGGGAACAAAGUAGAGUAUACUUGUCUGUGUAUUAUGACCUAGUGCAUACACCCCUUUUUUAGAUUUAAGAAAGGAAUCGUGUGUGCGAUUUUAUGGCUUGAUUAGAUUGCAAAGCAAUAGAAUAAGGGGUUUAGGGCAAAGUGGGAAAAGAUCCCUGAAGCAAUUGAACCAUUUUGAAUGCAGAAGAGAUUUGCUGAUCUGUCACCUCUGUUAUUAGUCAGAAGUGUUUGUUGGAUCUCUGUAUGUUAGUUUUGUUUACUCUUGCUGUCUGUGGUAGCUGCUACCUAAGAAAGAAGAUGCUUUAUUUUGCCAGCCAGAAGAGCAGGUGGUUUUGGUUGUCUUAUUUUUAUUUGGUUUGUUUUGUUUUCUUGUGUUGCUAUUUUUUUUUUCUUUCUUUUUUCAAAUUCCCCACUCCCCUAUUGACUCUUUCUACUUUUCCUUCAGAAAUGGUUCAUUCUAAACACAGCAGCAUCUUUGGCAUAAGGGCAAUCCCCUUUACCCAACUGUGGGCCAAAGCCAAAGUUACCGAGUGUUCACAUUAAAUGGGGGAAAUGCAGCAAUUAAUUCCCAGCAGUUGGCUGAUCAGCCCACCUCUGACCUUCGGAUUGCAAGAUGCAGUGGAUCAUCUGUGAAAAGCAUUAUAUAUUCCUUUACAGCUCUAAUGCUUCACCUCAAUGUUAACUUUUGGCAGCUCCUUAGCUUGGCCGGAAAGACAUUUAAAUGAUGCUCAAGUCCAUCUUCCUUUUUAACAUAUCCUCACUGUGUUAAAGAAGAUGAGAUUUUGAUUUGAUCCCUCUUCUCCCUGCCCACCUCCCUCCCCCCCCCCACUCACCCCUGCACGUUUUUUCAACAUUUCAUUAAUUUCCUUGAUCCACAGUGAGCGUUUUUGUAAACCGUUUCAUUCGAAAAGCACUUUGAAAAUUGUUCCUAAGGGAUUAAAUGAGAUGGUUUAUGAUAAUUUUGCCAAGAAGAAAAAACAAAAAAACAAAAAAAAGAGAGAAAAAUAAAAAAAAAAUUAAAAAAAAAAAAGAAAGAAAAGUCACGAAAGCAAAGCAUAUAGCUUUUUAUAGUCAAUAUUUUCCAGUAUCUGGUGUACUUGGUUAGUUGCGGUGUUGCUGGAAAUACCAACACCUGCUUCAAAUGACAUUCCUGUCAUGACAUUCCGGAUAAAAGCCUGAUGAUUUGUAUUGUUCAGUGUCACAGAAGGAUCUUACUACCACCUGCAUGCUUAUCUAUGGACAACGAAAGAAAAUUGCUGGUGCAAAAGACAUGAGUGGUAAAUAUCAAGGUGUGUGACUUGGAGUUUAUUACAAAGGUGUAUUCAGUGUACUUGAAUUUAUUUUUCUGCUCCAUCUGUAACUAAGAGGCAUUUAGAUGGCAAAGGAGUUGGAGCAACUUUUUUUUUUUUUUUUUUUUUUUUUUUUUGCACAAUUGUAUUAACAGUUUGCAAAUAUACAGUAUGAAGCUGUUGGUUGAAAUGUUAAUGUUUGCAUUUUUAAGACAAAAAUCCAGAAAGAACAUGCUACUUCGAAGAAUUUUAUAUGAAUGGACUCAGCCAUAUUUGGCUAGAUGAGAGUAGAAAAUGGAGUAAGAUUCUAAGGUUUUGGUUUUUUUGGUUCUGGGGGGUUUUUGGUUCUUUUUUUUGUUUGUUUUGGUUUGGUUUUUUGUUGUUUUGGUUUUUUGUUUUUUUUUUUUUGCGCUGCUAAGAAGCUAUGAUUUGUUUCAUUCUUAUUCACAUUAACAGUACUUAGCUGUAUUGUUUCACUGAGUGUGCUGCUAUUUUAUAAACAUUUUUAUAAUAUAUUAUUUUACUGCUUAAAUUUCAAAUCCUGAAGUAGAUGGUUAAGUGGAGAUAUGAUGAGUUCUUUGAUUUACUGGAAAUGCCCUGUACAGUUUUUUUCAUAAUAGCGUGUUCAUGAUUAAUUUUUUUUUAUUAUUAUUUUUUCCUUCUUUCUUUCUUUCUUUCUUAGUUUUUUUUUCUGUUUGGUUUCUUUUUUGUUUGUUUGUUUUGUUUUUUUUUUUUUCCUCUUCUUUCCUCAUCACAUCCUGCAAAGACGGUAUAUACUUACCUCAGGUUUACUGGACAAAACAGAAAUGGUUCCCAUUUUCACAAUACCUCACAACGUGACAGUUUGGUUUUUCCCCAGGGCCUGCACUCUGGCCACAGCAGGGAGAGGUUGCAGGCAGCCAGGGUGCUGGCUCCAUUUUGGUCUUUGUUGUCCUCUUCAUAGUGGAAAAAAUGCAUUGACUCGCAGCAGGUCCACAUUUCCCAAAACUGCUGGUGGGGAGACAACCUCGUUCUCACUGCCAUCACCUCCCACCUUGAUGUUCCAUGUUGGGAACACCUGAAAUUCAGUGACAGGGUCUCUCCUGGAGAAUAAAAAAAAUAAUAAAAAAAAAAGUUAAAUUUUGUGUAACCAAGACUCCAGAGUAGUAUGCAGAGCAUCUAUGAGAGAUCAGAUCAUUCCCUGACAGCCCUCCCAUGACAGCAAUCAUGGCUUCACAAGAAGGGAUGCCAGAAGGUCCCUGGAUGGUGUGGUGUCCCCUCAAGGCACUGGGCUGUGGCACAGCUGCCCACAGUGAGCACAGGCACUGUGUCCAUCACGUUUUCCUGCUUUUCUCACUCCCAUGCCACAGGUCAGGUGCAGGCAGGAGUAUUAUUUAGGGUGCUCUUCAUCCCACCUCCUGCAGUGCCCCAGUCCCAUGCAGGGAUCCUGUCCUUCAGGAUCAUCCGGCCAGAGCUCCACAGUGCUGAUGGAGAUGGGGAGGUGGGAUCCACCACUGAGGUCAGGUCCUCAUGUGGCAGGUGGGGUGAUGUGAUGUGAUGCCAUUCAGCAGGUGGGUCUAACUGGGCCCACCAGUAAUAUGGGUAAGAGUGUCCUCACCUGCAGUGACAUUCUUAAAAACAUGCUAACCAUGGUGGUUACACCCAGAGGCAUACACCAUGUUUGAAGUCUGGAAAACCUGGAAUUAAAACAUUUUCACAUAGCAUUCAAAAUUGAAAAUGCUGCACAGUACUCCUUUUUAAAUGAUGUUUAAAAAGUGAAUGCUAUCAUUGCAAAUGAGGUGUGAUAUUUUUCUCCCUGAAUUCCAGAAGUCAUAAACCUUCCUACUGAUGAAUACCUUGCUGAUCACACCUUCACAAGUGGCAAAGGAUUGGCACAGUUGCUGAAAGCAUUUCUCAGCUUACUAUUGAUGGUACUUUGAUGAUCUUCCCUCCUGUUACUGUAGUGUAGGAGCACCUUGUAAUGAAUUUAUUUAUAUUCCAAACGUGCUUGUGAAAGAGAAAAAUACUAUUAAUCCCAUCUUAAUACCAAUGAUUUAUGCUUGAAUAAUCAGAUGGCUCGUAAUUACUCAGCAAACCACCUGGCCACUGGAUUUUUUCCACUAUGUUUAUUACCAUGUUCUCAUGUACCUCAGAAAUCACUCUCGGUUGCACAGUUUCUGUUCUCAAACUUUUUUUUUUUGUUUGUUUGUUUUUUGGUUUUUUGGUUUUUGUUUUUUUUUUUUUAAUUGCUUUAUCGAGUGUGAUGCCAUAUCAAGUCAACGUUAUUCUCUCACAAUGUGCUCUUUAAGAGGUGUGGAUGUUUAUACGGUCAGGGGAUGCUAGAAAGUGCGGUAGUAGGCAUGAUCAGUGUAAACAAAAGUAUUUAGAAAGUAUGUGAGAUUGUUUUUGAUGGAUAAGACUCUGAUACAGUGUAGUCUUGAUUGCCUUUUAAAAGGUCUUCUUUGUUCAGUGUUGUCAUUUUUAUUAAUAACCUGUUGUUUUGGCUAGUUUUAAAGAUGGUUCUAAGAAAAGUGUUUUGGCGGGAUUAGGUAUGCUGUACGGACAAUAAACUCACCUUGACCU